UCGCUCGCUCGCUCGCUCGCUGUAACCCCUCGGUCUCCGGGGUCGAGGGGUGGGAGAAACGUCUCUGCCCGCCUUGACGUAUCCUCACGUGCAGCCAGAAGCACAUCUCGCGGAUUGAACGUGGCCAUUAGGACCGGUGGCAGCAUCUGGGGGACCCUCGGGCAAAAGGCGCGCCCCGAAGGGGAAAGAGGCGGCGGUCCGGGCAGCGCCCGCCCGCUGCCGCCUGGCGGAGGCCGAUCUGCCCCGCGCGUCCUGCCCGGAGCGGGGUGGGCCUGGGCGGGCUCCGAGGUCCCCUCCAGGCCCCCCCCGAGGCCCGGCGCUGCCCGCGGGUUUUGCAGGUUGCGCGUUUGCACAAUGAGGCUCUGGAGGAUCUCCGAGUGGCUUCCACUGAUGCGCAAACGGCGGAUCUCUCUGCACUCAGAGGGCGCCUGGCCCGUGAACGGGGCUGAGGAAAUGGCCCAGGAAACCUCGAGGGGAAAUAUUUAAUCUCCCUGCAGGAGUAGAUUAAAAGUCCAAGAAGCAACUUCGGAGGAGGAAUGUCCUGACCAGACGAGGGUUCAGCCGAGGGAAGGGGAGCUCCCUCGCAGGAGAGGCCUGCAGGCAGGCAGGCAGGCAGGCAGGAGGGCCGUCUGGCCGAGGCCCAGCAGUCCACGCCCUGAGCGGGGGUCGGGCUGGAUGGCCUCUGAGGGGCCCACGCCGUCCCGUUUCAGAGGCCUUGGCGCGGCCCGCAGGCCCCGCCAGGGGGCGCUCUCCUCGCCACCGAGCGCCACUGCGCAUGCUCCGCCCCGACUGCCUGGCUCGGGAGGACCGGCUCUAAGCUGGAAACAUCUUGUCUGGUGUCCAAAAGGGCUCAGAAAUAAGGCUCAAUGGCUUGGUGAGACUCACCCAAGGCCUCCUCCUGAAGUUCAGGUCUUAUGAUUGAAAAGACCUUUGUGGAUCCAGGAGAUCCCUUGGCCCCAUUUGGGCUUGUACUGAAGAACAAAGGGAAAAUGGAGUCAAAACACCGAGCAGCUGAGAAAGCUGGAAAAAGGAGCCGUCGGGGAACCUGGGCACGAAUCGGGCAGAAGAUCCUGAAGGACGAAACCAUCAGUUCAGAGGUCCAGCGCUGGAGCUUCAGGAAUGUCCACUACCAAGAGGCCAAGGGGCCACGAGAGCUUUGCAGCCGCCUCCAUCGCCUUUGCCGUCGGUGGUUGCAGCCAGAAAGACACACCAAGGCCCAGAUGUUGGAUCUGGUGCUCCUGGAGCAGUUCCUGGUCCUCCUGCCCACAGAAAUGGAACACUGGGUGCGGGAGUGUGGAGCAGAGACCAGUUCCCAGGCGGUGGCCCUGGCCGAGGGCUUCCUCCUGAGCCAGGCGGAGGAGAAGAGGCAGGAAGAGCUGCAGAUUCUGGAGAUGGUCACUGAACAUCCCAUGAGAAGGAGAGACCUGUCAGAUCCCCCUCAGGAGCUGCUUCCCAGGGGUAUCUCCCGGAAAGAGCAAAGUCGGGACACCUCUCGAGGGAACCGAACAAUGUCCAUGGUCUUUGUGGGAGCGUCUCCUCCUUCUGCUGGAGCUGAAAGAGCAGCUAGAUCUCCACCUCAGGGCCUCGUGUCCUUCGAAGAGGUGGCCGUGUAUUUCUCCGAGGAGGAGUGGGCUCAGCUGGAUCCCCACCAAAAGGCCCUCCAUGGGGAAGUCAUGCUGGAAAACUCCAGGACUGUGGCCUCACUGGGAACUCAAAGAACCUUUCCCCUUACUCCACGCAAACGAAUGAACACAGGAGGCAAACCGUAUAAAUGCAUGGAAUGUGGGAAGAUCUUCAGCAAGAGCAGUAAUCUCACUUCCCACAAAAGAAUCCACACAGGGGAGAAGCCAUAUACAUGCUUAGAGUGCGGAAAGAGCUUCAGUCGGAGCAGUAGUUUUUCGGCGCAUAAAAGGAUCCAUACAGGAGAGAAACCGUAUGAGUGUAUGGAGUGCGGCAAGCGAUUCAGUGAGAGCAGUCACCUUAUUGCGCAUAAAAGGAUCCACACGGGGGAAAAACCCUACGAAUGUAUAGAAUGUGGAAAGAGCUUCAGUCAGAGCAGUAGCUUUGCUGCACAUAGAAGGAUCCAUACAGGGGAGAAACCGUAUAAAUGUAUAGAGUGUGGAAAGAGUUUCAAUACAAGCACUCACCUUACUUCUCAUAAAAGGAUCCACACAGGAGAAAAACCGUACAAAUGCCUGGAGUGUGGAAAGAGCUUCAGUGAAAAUGGGGCUCUUACUUCUCAUAAGAGGAUCCACACAGGGGAGAAACCUUACAAAUGCCUGGAGUGUGGAAAGUGCUUCAGCCAGAGCAGUUCCUUUACUCUUCAUAAAAAGAGGCAUAAAGGAGAGACGCCAUAUAAAUGCAUGGAAUGUGGGAGCAGCUUCAGGAGGAGCAAUGACCUCACUUCCCAUAGACGGAUCCACACGGGGGAGAAGCCGUACAGUUGUAUGGAGUGUGGAAAGAGCUUCAGGAGGAGCAGUGACCUCACUUCCCACAAAAGGAUCCACACAGGGGAGAAGCCGUAUAAAUGUAUGGAGUGUGGGAAGAGCUUCAGCUGGAGCAUUCCCCUUAUAUCCCACAAAAGGAUCCAUACAGGCAAGAAACCCUAUCAAUGCCAGGAGUGUGGAAAGAGUUUCAGGUGGAGCAGUCACCUUGGUUCCCAUAGAAGGACCCACACAGGGGAGAAACCCUAUAAGUGUUUGGAAUGUGGGAAGGGCUUCAAUACAAGCAGUUACCUGACUUCCCAUAAAAGGAUCCACACGGGGGAGAAACCCUAUCAAUGCAUGGAGUGUGGGAAGAGCUUCAAUACAAGCAGUGAUUGUAGUACUCAUAAAAGGGUCCACACAAGGGAGAAACCGUAUAAACGUGGAAAGAACACCCAUCAACGUGUAGAACUCACAUUGGAGGAAGAGCAUUUAAGGGCUAGAAGUGCUUACGAAAUAUAA